CUCUCCUAGGGUUCCCUCAUCUAGGAUCCAUGGGGAAGAGGAUCAACUUGCCCCGUGCGAACAACUUGAUGCACUAUCUCCCUUCAACCCUUUAGCGAAAUGCGGCAAAAGGAAGGAACAUUUAUAGACCGACCCUAUCGUCUCCACUGGGUGAACAAACACACCCGCAAACCGACCCACCCUUCCAACCCGACCCAGCCUACCCGUAUUUAUCGCUAAAACGAAGAUUUUGGGUUGGGUGAGGGUUUUCUUUUGUACAACCCGCCUCUUUUGGGUUGAGUUUGGAUUUUGGAUUACAAAACCCGUAGAACCCGAUCCAACCCGUGUUCCAACUAUUGGUAUGAGUUCGUAGCCAAAAAAUAUUUAUUGUGCAUAUAGUGAUACUUAUGAGAAAAUUAAGAUAUUUCGCCAUGUUUUUCUCUCAUGGUCUCCCUAAUCUAAUGCAUUUUUCGGCUUAAAGUUUAGACAUAAGUUUAAUAUAGCUAUGAUUCAUGUAAUCUUUUUUCUUGUGUACAAUUUUAAUAGAAUAACAUAUUAUGGACGUUAGUUUAUAAUUUUUUAAGCCCAUUUCAACAAAUGUUGUGAAAAAAACUAGAAAUAUGUUGAAGUAAUCAUAUUUUAAUAAAAUUCAAACAACAUUUGUGAAUUUUGAUUAUUCAUUUGAAAUUUUAAUUAGUUAUAAAACAUUUUUUAGUGUAGAAUAAUUACAUAUUUUGUGUUGACUUGAGUUUUUACUUAAAAAUAUCGCCAACCCGACCCAACCCAAUUAGAAACAAACCGUAGGGUUAAAAUAUUUUUGAUUGGUUUGGGUUUAAUAUUUCAUAAACCGUAGUGCAUUGGUCGGGUGAUUAAAAUGACUAAACCCGGACCACCGGACCCAUGUACACCCCUAUCCACUAAUAUCAUUUCAUAUCUUUUUAGAUAUGAAAAUGAAUUGUAUUUAAUAAAUAACUGUAUUUCUUUUGAAAAGAGAUAGUGAGAUGUAGAGAGAAAAAAAAGUAAUAGGGAAGUGAUAAAAUAAUAAUAAUAAUAAUAAUAAUAAUAAAUUAAAAAGAUAUGAAAAUGAAUUGUAUUUAAUAAAUAACUGUAUUUCUUUUGAAAAGAGAUAGUGAGAUGUAGAGAGAAAAAAAAGUAAUAGGGAAGUGAUAAAAUAAUAAUAAUAAUAAUAAUAAUAAUAAAUUUUGAUUUUACUCAUUCCAUAUCUAUAAAUUUAUAUUUUUUAUAAGAUUCCAUUUCUCAUGGAAAUUCAUUUCAAACUUUUCUUUUAGAUUGUUAAAAUAUGACUUACUUUCGUCGCCUGAGAGAUUCGAACUCUCGCGGGGAAACCCCAUGUACUUAGCAGGCACACGCCUUAACCACUCGGCCAAAGCGACUAUGAUGUUUCUACCUUUUUUCAUUCCAUACAUAAGAAAUACAAUUGAAAAUUUAAUUUCCUGAGCUCUUAGCAUAUCUCAACAAGUUGUAAAAGAAGACAACAACAAACUCGACAAAUCUGCGUACACAAAGAAUAUAUAUAAACUGGGAAUGUGGUGGAAAAACUACUAAACGAAGAUGGUUAACUAAUGACGAUAUAAUAAUCACAAAUACUAAGUUAUCCGUUUAUCUUACAAUGUCGAAAGAGCACCCUCAAGUAAACCUCAACAUAAGGCCAAUUUCGAACCAUAAACGAUUAAAAACACGUUAACCAUUUUAGCGACGGCCUUGUCACCAUAAAACUUAUUAGUUAUUACACGUGAACAAAAUUGCAGAUGAAUGGAGUCUGCAAAUGGCGAGAUGUAGGUAAUGACUGACAACUAACUGGCUAUAUAGUUCUAAUGGAAGGUACAUAUGAUCAUAUGCUCUCCACAUUAUUAACCAAUUGGCUACGACAACAACAAUAACAAUAACAAUAAUAAUCAUAAUCAGAAUACUAAUAAUAAUAACAAUAAUCCUUUCAUGGGUAGAAUCGCCAACAUAUCUUUAUCGAUUAUAGCUAAAUGCACUUAGAAUAUUUUAAUGAUACAAAAGGACAGAGAAAGAGGAAGAGAGCAUUCAGCAAGUUCUAAAGUUAUUCCCUGUUGGAGGCUUUGUCCUGUCUUCCACAUCCCCAUUCCAUCAAUAUUCCACUAAUCAAAAGGUUUUUCCUUUUUUAAUCUUUCAGUUUGUUUGGCCAAGGAUUCAAUUUUCAUUAGAUAAUAUGAAAAAGAGUUACAAUUGAGUUAAUCCCAAGUCUCCCAAUUCUGUAAGAAAGAAGUGUUGACACGUCGUUGUUGAUAACACGUCGUUGUUGAUAACAUGCAUCAGAAUUGCAUAAUUUGACCAGUUCAUCGAGUACAAAUAGGAUUCUCGAGCCAUACAGGCCAGCACCAGAAGUACUUUUAGUUUCCACAAUUAUAUAUUAUGUGCACUAAAAUCGGUUACUUUAGCAUAAGCAAGUGACUAGAAGGUGAAGAAUUGAGACAUUACAGAUGACUCAAGGGGUUAUUAUGAGUCUUUCAUCACCUCAACAAAGCCGAAACCUAGGGUAUAGAACUCUCUGGGAGCCGAGGGUUAAAGAUGAUAGGAAGGAAGACCCAACUGACUAAACCUCCCCUCUCUAUCGAUCGAGCAUAUUCUAAACUUCCAGUCCCUAUUGGUCGAGCAUCAAUGGGACUCCUCUACCUGAUACCCGAUUGGACGUGGCUCAAAAACUAGCACAAGGGAUGAGCCCCCCAACCCAGAAAAGAAAUGGUAACCCCGGAGGAUCUCCAUAUGCUGGUCGACCAAUUGCAAAAUUCGAACUCCAAGUUAUAUCUUCAAGCACUCAAAAUAAUACCGAAAAUAGCCAGAGCCCAGAAAGCCUCCCACUAAUCCACUAUUAAUAGUUGCAAAAGAGAGAGUUUUGCAAAUCUAAAAUGAUAACAGUAAAUAUUUUACUUCUUGCUGAAAAAAAAAUUGUAAAUGAACUACAAGAAGGAGGAAAGAACUGAAAACCCAAGAAACGAGGGGAGGAACCUCUAUCUUGUGGACACAAAAGGCGACAGUAGAAUUCGCCCAACACACCCUUUUGAUUCCCACUCCUAAUGCCCUUCCAACUGCUACAUUCCAUUAUUCCUUUCCUUGGACUGCUUCUUAUUUUUAUUUUUUACCUUGUAAUUCAAGCAAGGAAAGGAAGAAAGGAAGUCCAUCUGCCACUUUCCCGCAUCCACCAAACUUUGCUGGCUUCCCUCUUCCUUUCUUUCUUUGAGGUUAGCCACAUCCAUCCAUGGCUUUUCCUCUUUGGACUUAGUGACUCGGCUGCCGAAUCUGCUUUUCCCCUCCACCUCUCUCAUACGUCAUUCAGAAUCCAACACCACCACUGAUCAAACCCAAUUAUCACACCCUGUCAUGCCCUAUAUAUAGUAACAAACAUGGCUAUUUCAGUAUUUCACAAGCCAAGCAUUGCAAACAUAACUUGCCUACUUUCCUUCCAACCUUUGUUUCUGCCAUCAAUCAAUCAAUUCUUGCACCAAACCCAUAUCACAGUUCAUUCAAUGGACAGGCAGCAGAGCUAUGAACCCACUGCAACAAUCAUGCACUCUUCUUCCAUUGCCUUGCUCCAGGAAAGGUUCCGGCAGCUAGAGCGAGCCAGGGAGAUGAGGCAACAACGUGAGCUCUUCCGGUUCUUCGCUGAAGCAGAGCAGCAGGUGAAACCAGUAGCCACCGCCAUGGUUGUUUACGAGCCACCGAACAACUUUUCUCAGCCUGAACUUCUCUUUCCAUCUAAGCAGCAGCUAUUGAUUUCAUCUCAGAAACAAAUGAAGGGACAAUGUCACUUUGAUCUUCAAGUCAGAGAGAACCCAGAUUUGGCAAAUCUGCGCUCUGCAAAUCUCCUGAUGAUGCAAACUCAAUACAACUACUUUGAUGAAUCAGAAGUUGAUACCUCUCUUCAUCUCUGAAACUUUUUUUUUAAAAAUUUUUACAAGUAGAGUUCCUCAGCAUUUGUCUUUGUUUCCUGCUGCUGGUGUUUCUAAAGUGUGUUUUUCUUUAGUGGCCUCUUUCACUGGGAACUGUAAAAACCAGCGCACAAAAAAGAAACCUCAACCCCAAGAAAUAUAAGAAACAUGGAGGGUGCAGAAAGAGAGAGGAUAGUUAUCUAAUUUCUAAUGUCUACUGGGAUUCUCAGCAUGAUCAUCUUCUUCUUCUUCACGUUCAGCCAUUACAUUGGAAUCAGAAAGAGCAUGCACAGGUCUCACUUGUAACGAAUCCUCCUCGUAAUCAGACUCUUCUCCGCUGCUGCUCCACUUCCUCUUCCUGAACUUUGGAAUCAUGCGACCUACUUCUUUGGCCUCCACAGCCUCCUCGCUAUUGUGUAUCCUUUCAAACCGAACUGCACCGACUUUUCGCGCAUUUCCAGCUAAUAUCUAAAUGAAAGGAACACAUACAACAACGUAUAACUGCAUUGGUCUAUAACUGAGCUCACCAUAAAAUAUAGCCUCUCCUGCCCUUCUCUCUAUAUACUUCCUAUGCAGGAAAUGCAACAUAUAAUAUUGGACACGACUUUACAAAUGAGUCCUUUUUCUUGAAGAAACAAGAUCAGUUUUGCAUGCCAUUACGACAGAGAUGAAACAAUAAAUGCAAAGUGUCCAUUUCUCCCCAAGAAAAGAGGCUUAGGAUUACAGUGGACGAGUUCAUUAUUGAAUGCUAAAGUAGCUAUGCAGGUUGAAAAUAUGAGUGGUUAAGGUAAUAAAUCAUUCAUUGUAAUACUUGAGUGCUCUCUGUAUGCUAUACAAAAUUAUGGGAUCAUAUGGGCAUUUCCUGAGAUCGUUCAUCUUCGCAAUUUGUAAGAUUUUAGCAAAAAACUUUAAUACAGAUUGAUCUUAAGCAUGUUUGACAACCAUGCACAAACCAACAGUUACAAUGGCGUCAAGAAUCUUUAACUUGAUUGAUGAAAGACUGACCAAACUAUUGCCUUUUAUGCUGUCAACCAAAACUAAGAUGCAAAACUAUUUUCCAGAAAAUUAUUCAACCAUCAAAAUUUCUCAUCUUUAGUUUGUUCCAUACCACACCCUAAGCAAGGCUUUCAUUCAAGACAACAGAGGUUCAAAAGACAAAGCUUCCUUAGUCAUACCUCAAGCUUGUAUAUUAGAUGCUUCUCAUUCAGUUCUCUUUCAGACUUGCCCUCCGUAUCCUCAUCUUCUUCAUUCGACUUGUCAAGAACCACUUUGAUGCUCUCACCUGUCCUUGGGAUGUAUCCAAAUGCUUCACAUAUAAAACCUGAUACUGUCUCAUACUGAUGACCCUACAACACAGAAAAAGAAGUAUUGGAGUAGGACUACAAAAGUUGAGCUUAUAUGAUGUUCUUCAAGCAUCUGCAACCAUUUCUGAAGACCAGGUACAACUUACAAGUUAAAACCAAAAGGUGUAUGUGAAGGUUGCUGAGUGUUUUUUGAGUUCCUUGAGAAAGACAUCAAUGAAAUGAAUGAAAAGGCGUGUGACCAGACUAGAUGACAUUAAGCUUCAAGACUGUAAUGCAAUUAACACACACAAAAUAAAAAGCAUAUUGUGUUGAAAUUCUGCUCAUGUUACUAAUUAGAACAACUGUUUUCCUGCAUAAAUCAUAGAGUAAUGCCAUGUUCCGCUCACAAACCUUGUAAAAUAAACUUUAAUGAGAUACUGUAAGUGUUUGUUUAUGCAUGUAAUAUGCUUAAUAAAUUGGAGGAAAAAAAGACCUACACUUCAGGUUAAUCAAAUGUGCAAGUUGAGUUGCUAACCAUUGAAAUCUUCAUAAUAGCACGGACAACUCUAAGCUGCCAUAAGCGUAUGUACUCCAUUACCCUUAACUAAAUCAAACCAUUCAUGACAUACCUCUGGCAUUUUGAUGUUUA